AUCUAUUGGCUGUCUAACCUUCUUCCCUGGCACUGGAGUGGCUGCCAAGCCUGGCAUUAAUUUUCCUUGCAAGCUUGCUAGGCCCAUGAAGUAAACAGCCAUGUGCAUUCCUUACUCUAUAUUUAACAGCUGCAGUCUGUGCUGGGGGCAACGGCAACAGAGGGGAACCUUUGUAGCUUCCCAAAUUCACAGCUUGUGAGGGUGGGAGUGGGGGAAGCUUUCUGCAGGGAGAAGAGGGAUUUCUCUCCUUCCCAGUAUUUGCAAAGCAGAUUGCGUUAAAGAGAGACUGCAAUGCCAGCAUCCCAGCCACGGUCCAGGGCCAGAGACAGGAACAAUGUCCUCAACAGGGCUGAGUUCCUCUCCCUGAAUCAGCCCUUGAAGGGGAACCAGGAGAGCAGGAGCUCCAGCAGGAAGCAGAGCAGCCAGGCCGGGGCAGCCGGUGCCCAGAACACCAACCCCAAGGAGCGGAGGCAGUCGCAGCAGCUGCCCGAGGAGGACUGCAUGCAGCUCAACCCCUCCUUCAAGGGAAUUGCCUUCAACUCGCUGCUGGCCAUCGAUAUCUGCAUGUCCAAGAGGCUGGGGGUGUGUGCCAACAGAGCCUCCUCCUGGGGAGGUGCCCGCUCCAUGAUCAACCUCCUGGGGAUAACGGGGCACGGGAUCCCCUGGAUUGCAGGUACCCUCAUCUGCCUGGUGAAGAGCAGCACGCUGGCAGGCCAAGAGGUCCUCAUGAACCUGCUGCUAGCCCUGCUCUUGGAUAUCAUGAUUGUGGCAGGAUUGCAGAAGCUGGCCAAGCGGAAGGGCCCGUACGACAUCAAUCCUGGCCUGUUGGACUACCUGACCAUGGACACCUACGCGUUUCCCGCGGGCCAUGCCAGCCGGGUGGCCAUGCUCUCCAAGUUCUUCCUCAACCACCUGGUCCUGGCCAUCCCUCUCCGCAUCCUGCUGGUCCUCUGGGCCCUCUGUGUGGGCUUGUCCCAUGUCAUGAUCGGACGGCACCACAUCACAGAUGUUCUCUCUGGCUUUGUUUUCGGCUACUUGCAGUUCAGGCUGGUGGAGUUGAUAUGGAUGUCUUCCAACACGUGUCAGAUGUUGAUAUCCAUCUGGUGAACGCGGAGGACUUGGAAACUAGAAGAUACUUUGAGAGUUCCCCUCCCAGUAUUUUCUACGUGUUGUUUGUUGGAAGCAGUUGUAACUUCCAUGAGCAGUGGUGUUUUUUAAUGUCGCUUCCCCACCUUUAAAAAAAAAGUUUCUUGUAAUGGAUUGGGUUUUAGCAAUCGAGGGCCAUACCUGUGUUUUGGCCGUAUUCUCAAGCUGUGUUUGGACAGCAGCCUAAUUAAGCUUUACAAGUGAGAGAAAUGAGCUCCAUGUCCACCUUCUUUAGGUGGAUCACAUUGGCACCUUGGUAUGUCCUCAGUAUGGGCAGUGCUGAGAGCUUCCUGAGAAGACAUUCGUGAACUUUUCAGAGGAUAAAUUAUUUUGGCCACAGUGCUUUUUUUCUUUUUGUAAGCCCAGCAGUUGUGUCUUUUACGGAGUCAAGACAUUGCUGGUGCUUUACAGAUAAUAAAUAAUCGUAAAAAUCC